AUGAAACGCAAACGACACUCUGCCUAUAUCUAUCUACUUAAAAAUUCCGAAGGACAAUGGAUUGAGGACGACCCCACCAUAUUGGACAAUAUCUUAACCCACUUCAAAAGUGCAUAUGGCCUCACUCAGGGAACUACCACCUCUAUCCAGGAUCAUUAUGAGGCCAUCGAUCUUGCACUUCGAGAACUAAACUUACCACAUCUUUCUAGGAUGCAACAACAACAACUCCUGCUUCCUUUCUUCGAGGGUGAAGUGCGGGAGGCCAUGUUUGGUAUAGGGGAUGCCAAAUCUCCUGGGUUAGAUGGAUCUACUGCCGAGUUCUUUAAAACUCACUGGGUCAGUCUCGGGCCACAGGUUUUUCAAGCUGUCAAUCACUUUCUCACCACAGGAUUUUUCUUUCGUGAAUGGAACCAGACGCUUAUUGUUUUGUUGCCUAAGUGUCCGAAUCCUAAAGAUGUUACUCAAUUUCGGCCGAUUAGUCUAUGUAACACAAUUUAUAAAUGUGACUCGAAAUGCUUGGUUAAUCGCCUGCGGCCGUUGCUCCCAGAUCUUAUCACAGAGUACCAGAGUGCCUUUAUCCCUGGUCGGCAUAUGGAUGACAACAUUUUGAUAAGUCAUGAGUUAAACCAUGUCCUCAAUAAACAUCGUCGUGGUAACGUUCAUCUGGCUGCGCUCAAAAUUGACAUGAAUAAGGCAUAUGAUCGGGUUAGCUGGAGGUUUCUCUUAAAGGUUCUUCACGCUUACGGGCUCCCCGGGCACUGGAUUCAAUUGAUUAGUCAAUGUAUAUCCUCAGUUACCUAUCGCAUCUUGGUCAAUGGACAAGUUACGGAGGCCUUUUCAUCCCACUGUGGUCUUCGCCAGGGUGAUCCACUAUCUCCUUAUUUGUUUUUAUUCUGUAUGGAUAUCCUGUCCCACAUGUUAACACUGGCUACAUAUCUCCGUCGUUUUGAUGGCUUUCGUGCACACAGCCUCCGUAAGUCUUAUGUAAAUUUUAGCCCCAAUAUCCCUGAGAGUCGAGUCCUUGAAUACAAAGGGAAGAAAACUGAGCAUUUCACUUUUCUACUGGAUAAAAUUUCACAACGCAUAACAACAUGGAGUCAUUCCCCUCUCUCGCAAGCGGCGAAAUUGAUCCUCAUCAACUCCGUCCUUCUAGCUUUUAUUGCUGACAUCCUCUCGGUCUUCUUGAUCCCCACAACCAUCGCCAACAAGGUGGAUGCUAUACUUACUCGAUUUUUCUGGUCUACCAGCUCUGUUAACGGAAUUGCUUGGCGAAGCAAGGAUCUCUUGCAUUUGCCCAAGGGUGCUGGUGGCCUCGGGUUACGUAGUAUUACGGUGCACAACCGCUCACUACUUAUUAAGAAAGUUUGGCGUAUGCAUCGGAAUCCCAAUCUCCUUAUAAGCAAAAUUUUCUGCUACAAUCCGUGGGGCAACGGUAUUCCACUAACUACACUACGGUCUUUACGGGGGCAAUGCUCUUGGGGUGCUCGAGGUCUGCAUCAAGCUGAGAAGGUUCUCUUGAUGAAUUAUGUUUGGAAAAUUGGUUCCAAUUCGGGUCUAAUUGCGGGUAAGGAGCGAUGGGUCAAUGGGGAGGUUCCCCUAUUUCGUGAUAAUGUUCCUCUUCGUACUGUCGCUACUACGACAGUGGCAUCACUUUUGUUGCCUCAACAACAAGGUUGGAAUGUGUCCCGGCUACGUUCGCUUUUUCAGUCGUCCACAUUUCGCACUAUUCGUGGGUUAGAGAUUCCGCGGUUUACUUCUCCUUACGACAUUCCUAUUUGGCCUUUUACAACGUCUGGCCAAUAUACCACUAAAUCUGGGUACUACUUUCUCUCUCGAAAUACAGAUAUCUGUAGCAUGAACUCCCCUCUAGUUUCGAAAUUUUUUCGACUUCUAUGGGGACUGCGCAUCAUGCCAAAGUGGAAGCUUUUCCUUUGGAAAUUAUGCCACAAUGGGAUAGCAACAUCCGCUAAUCUCUCAUCUCGGGGUGUCGCCAUUUCCGAUAUUUGCACAAGUUGCAAUAUGGAACCUGAGACCUGCCAACACAUUUUCCGGGUUUGUCACUUGGCUAUUAUUUUAUGGCAAUCAGGCCAAUUGGGUAUUCAUUCUAAUUCAAACCCUGAUGUAGCUUUCAAGGACUGGCUUAUUGCUUGGAUCCAUUAUUUCUACCAACAGGAUGGCUAUAAUGGCGAUCGUCUUCCCAUGUUUGUGGCCACUUUAUGGGCAAUUUGGCAGGGUAGGAAUAAGCGUGUUUUCCACGGAAUACUUCCGGACUUGGAAUUUCUUCGCUCUCUAGUACACCAAGGCACUCAGCAGCACCUCACCUUUCUGGCUCAACCCCUGCCCAAAGCCCAGGCUCUGUGCGUCGAUUCAGGUCCUCCAGGGUUCCUUAUAGCGCAUUUCGGGGCUUCUUUCUGCGGUAAACCACAGGUACAUAUACAAGUGGAUGGUUCUUGGACCCCAACUUCUCCUUUGGCAGGCAUUGCUUGGGUGGUUGAACAUCUGUCCAGCAACACUAGGGAGGGGCAGGGCAGUUGCAUUCCCGCCCCUUCAGCUCUGGUUGCUGAAGCUCAGGCUUGUUUGGGGGCUUUGAUUUUGGCUCAAGGACAUGGAUAUCGUCACAUCAUGGUUUGUACUGACUGUGAACUGGUGGUCCGAAGUUUACUUCAUCAAGACACUCAACCGAUUUCAAUUGCUUGGACCCUGGAUGACAUUCGAUCCAUUGGACAGCAAUUCCAAUGGUGUAGGAUUACAAAGGUUACUCGUUCACAAGUUCAGCAGGCUCAUAAUUUCGCUACUCAUGUCUGGAAGGGCCAAAUUCCGCUAACCAUUUUUUAG